AUGAUUUCUGGAUUUCUCUCCUUAAGGCCUGAAGUUUUGAAGUGCAGCUAUGAGGGAAAAGUGUUUUAUGUUCAGGUGCAGAGAGAAGAUGUAAGUACAAGGUCUACAAGAUCAUGUGGGUUUUAUGUCUCUGAUGGUUGAUAUUGGCCAAGUUCCUUUUUUUGCAUUUUGAUGGACUGAGACAAAAGUUGAAUUCAAUAAUAAUGAAAAAGAAAAAAGAAUAGAAACAAUGUCGAUGUCCAGUGGUCCUGAACGAACAAACUUGAUCAAUAAAAGAUUCUUAUAUGGUCAAGAAAAGUUUUCCUUGAUCAAUGUGUUGCAGUUAAUUUUUUUCCUAUUAUUUUUGGGUAUGGUAAUGUAUGCUAAUAGAUUUUUAACUAAGGAAAAACAACAAUUAACUGCAGCAGAUCCUAAUCGGGCAAUAUAGACCCAUAUUACCUGCUUAGGUUGCCAAUCAAAGUGCAGUAUUCAAUUUAUCUUGCCUACUCAUGGAACCAGCCAUAACAGGGAAUAGACCAUUUUCAGAAUGACAAUAUUUGACUAGAACUACCAGAAUUCCUUUCAUCUUUGCUUUCUUUUUUCUACAUCUCAAUCUUGCUGAGAUGUGAAAAACAAUAGCCUUAAUUUGCACAAGAAAACAACAAACAUCUUAAGGAUUCUGGUAGUUGUAGUAAAGUGACAUCAUCAUGCAACUGUCUUAUCCCUCCAGCUACUAUGAAUGUGAGCCCCCUGGCUACUUCCCUAGAAAACAAAAGGAAAAUGGAACCAUAGAACUUUCUAGUUGUAGAGUUUCCUACCUAUGCAGCAACUUGAAACCUUAGUGACAAAUCUGAAUAACAAUGUUCAUUUGGUUAUCUUGUUCGUGAGGCUGUUUAUUUUCGUGAUUUCAGCGAAAGGCUAACUAUGGUUUCCGACUCCCUGAUCCCCUGGCUUGUAAGCAUUUAUGGAAGUGUGCAGUGGAGCACCUAGCAUUUUACAGGUAAGCUGUAACUUAGAAUAAUUGACAAUCUAGUUGGCCUUACUAUGAUUUUUAAUAAAUGCAACAAGACAGUAUUGCUUUUGAAUUAUAGUUGAACCUCCAUGUUGGAUCCCCUUGUUGUGAGCGACUGCCUUUGAUAAGUGACCACCCAUCCAAGACAUCAAAAUUUCCACAAUGAAAUCACUACAUUUGGAAUCUUUUGUAGAUAACCACCUCUCGUAAGCAACUGCAGCUACUCUUUUGGGUGACCUCUUUUGGAUGUUCCAUUGUUUUUAUCCUCCUGUGAAUGAGCACUUAAGGCGUGGUUUGAUUUCUGUGUUCAUUGUAUUUAGUACACUCUGAACAGAAUAAGAUAUACUUUUUGUGGGGACAUUAAACUAUGCAUAAUGGUUUCGUGCAAUGAAUUCUCUUCCAAAAUGUAGAUCGUUCAGACGUCUUCUAAAAAGGGACCCCUGUGGUUCAAUUCCCGUAAGCGACCACUAACUUUUCACAUUCUGGGUAUCGCUUGGGAGGUUUGACUGUAUUAUAACACUGAUGAAUUUUAAAUACGUUAGAGAAUAUGUGUCACUUAAACGUGAACAGGGUGUGAUUCAUAUAAGAAUUAAAUUUUUUGAGAUUUGAUGUUGUAAAAAACUAUUUUUUUAACUCUCUAGUGUUAAUACACAACUAGGCUUUAGGACUUCAAACAUGUACUAUUUCACAGGUUAAAUUCUUCUCUAUUCUUAUCAAGCUCAUAUUUUCCUUUGCAGUCAUAAGGACAAUGUAGCCAAGCCAAAACGGAAGGCUAUUUCACCACAGAGGUUUUUCAGGAGAUCAAAGCAUAAAUACCUGUGAGUUCAUCUCCUUUCUAUGGACCCUUUCACUGCCAAAUUUAGCCAAAAGAAAAUUUUGACCAAAUUUCGAAGUUUCAUUUUGUGAAAUUUUGAAGAACAAAUAGCACCAUGCGUAAGUACAGGCACACAGCUUUCAUUUGAAUGGUCACAUCAUAGGAUUUGUAUUAAUGAAAAUACAGAGGAAUACUGGAAAACGGAAUUCCGUGAGUUUUCUGCCUACAUGUACUUAGAGUUUUAAACUCGAAGCAGCAUAUCCCACCAUGGGAUGAAGUGCACUUACUAAGUCGUUUAAACUAUUCGUUUAGCAACACUACCAUUUAAAGUCAGUUUGCUCUUGACUUAAACAUUAACGCAAAGAAAAAAACACAACGAUAACUUGCCAAACUCGCUUGUGGAACGAGAAGACUACAUGUAGCCAAAAGAACCCGAUACCAUCUGUAAGUACUAUCAUACCUGUGUACUUCGCUUGGGUUACCUGUGGUAAGACGUGUAUUCUUCUUAAUUUGCAAAUCAGAAUUUUCCUUUUUUUUUCACAAAACUUGAAUUUAGCUCCCAUUUACUCAUUGAAAAUGAUUGAUUGUGAUUUGCGGUAAACUAAAUUCUACGUGGUCGCUCUGUCGCAUUGUAGUGUGAUUUGCUUUUUGAUACUUACAGUGUUAGUUGGCUGAAGUUUAUUGCAAGUAAUCGUUAUGGCUUCUCUCUUUUGUUUCCAGCGGUCCAACUCAAGACCAGCUUAUCGCUGAAAGCGAGAAGAUCAGUCGCCCAGCACCAGAGAUUAAAAGGUACGUCUGUAAUCUGUCGUCAUCCGCAAUAUUUUUGGUAUGGUUAUGUAUGACAAUCCUUUAGAACGAAGGAGAAUACAAAAAAUAUUAUAUGGCCAGAAAGAGAGUUUUGCUUGCGGGACCAACGCGGGUAAUCCCGAGUGGGCAAGGUGGGCCCGUCUUGCCCGUUCGGGUAGCCAAUCAGAAUGCGGGAUUCGCUUCACCUUGCCAGCUCGCGAAUUCAGCCUUGUAAUAAAGGCUUUUCUUGACUGACUGAUGCUUUUGAUUGAUUAGGGCACCUAGUGUCAGGAUUUCUCGCCGGAUAAAAGUUUCUUCGGACAACAUCUCUGAAAGCACUGGAGUGCUGAACUUGUCCUCGCCUGGACAAUCUGGCGGGAACACACCCAUAUCGGACGCCGCCGAAUUAGAGAAGUUUGAAACUUCUAAAUUUCCACCCAGUCCUCCCCCCGACGACAGCUUUGUUGGUGAUAGUACUGACGCCAGUUCUCCCUCAGUUGCAAAUCACGUGGGUCACGAGGAAAAACCUGCCACAAAGGUAAACAUUUCUUAAUGCGUUAUGGCUUUUCCCGAGUGAAUCAAUUGUUUUUUUUCCUUUUAAGUCUCAGCGAGAUUCAGGGGAUGUGUUGUAUCGCUCAGACAACCAGGACUCUUGGAACCCCAGUAUAUUCAUUACUGCGGUUAAUAUUCGGUUCAAUGUUGCCAGCUCAAAGACUUAUGACGGGAAAAAGUUUAUUGUUAGACGUCAUACGACCUUGAAGUAGCCAGUGAGUGCGCGCACUGUUCAUGAGAAUCUUCCAGCUUUGUAACAUUCACCUUUACCUCGGUUUUGCUACAUGCGUUCUUUCUACUAAAGUUUUUUACACUUUGUAAUAACACCUGCCUUUUCUAAGUGCAAUCCUCAGAUUUGGGAGAUAUGUUAUUUGUUGGAACAAAUAAGAGAGCAGAUUUGCGCUAUGUAAAACCGUCGAAAAACGUCCAAAAUGUCCUUAGGACAUACAAAGGUUUCCUUACACGCGACCUCUUUCAUAAUCGGUCGAUACCAAAUGUUAUCGAUAGUCUCCCCUACAGUAAAGUAAAAGAAGUUACAACUGCGAAUCGAACCUGAGUCUCUUCCUUACGUCUUCUCUUAUUUUGAAUGUAAACACAACGUGAGCCUGAACUUAUGGCUUUUCAAAAUGUGUUUCUACUUUAUUCUACCAUGUCCGGUAGCAUAUUUUACAUCUACGAGGACUAAAGAUUUGGUUACUAGCGAUAAGAUAGACCGUUGCAAAAGGAAAAAGACAGGCCUUGUCUUUCUUUCUUUCUUCUUUUCUUGUUUUAGAGUUGGGGUCAGCUUUUUAAAAGUAGUGUGACGGAUUCAAAUGGGGGAUUUGCAAAAUUGUUUUGUAGGCCGUAUUGCUUAUCGCAUGACACUUUUCCUUGCAGGUCGUUACGAAGCCGACGCCUAGCCACGUAGAAGUAGAAAACUAUGGCUUCAAGAUGUUUAUUUUCAUCAUGUUUAUCCUGGCGCUGAUAAUGAUCCCCAUUGCCAUUGUUUGGGAAACUAGAAAGACCUAUAUUAAAUCGACGGAUGCUUACAAGGGCUUCGCUAAAUUCGUGUUAAAAUCUUUCGGAUACAAAAUUUGA